GUGCAGUGGCUACACAAAGGUUGAAGAAGCGUUGCCGUGUAUCGCGCUUGCUUAAAAAGCAAGCAAACGAAAAAAAAUUCAAUUGCGACGUUCGCAGAGCGUCAAAAAAAAGCGUUAUUAUCAACAAAAGCAACAACAAUAAAUUGUCUAAAGAUUCAAGGUCUUGUGCUUAUCGCUACUAAAGUAAAUCUGCAAGAAAUUCAUAACAAUCGUAAUAUUUAAUAAUGCACACACACUGACAACUUUUUUGGGCUGCAUUUGUUUUUAAACCGAGACAAAGAGGUCAGCAGCAGCAGCAGCAACAGCGCAAAGGCAGCCUAGACGAAGACAAGAAAACAACAACAGCAACACACACACACUAACGAAGCGAUCAUGGACGAGACGACGACGACGAACAACAACAGCAAGCAAAACAAAAACAAAGACAGCAACAGCAACAGCGCUACUUCUUCGAGUGAUUUUAUGAAGGACUUGAUGGCAUCGAACUCAUCAUCAUCGUGGACUAUUUUGCCAGCCGAUCGCAUUGAGGUUCUCGAAAGCACCAGCACAAGUGCUGUCGCCGCAGGGGUGGAAACAGGGGCGGAGAAGGGGGAGCCUGAGGAGUCCAGCAGCGAGCCAGCAAACGAACGCUGCCCACCUGUAGCAGAGAGCGAUGCCCAGGCAGAGGACUUCUCCGAUGGCAUCUCGAUCAUCAGCGACUGCGAGAGCACAGGACGUCUCACCCCGAGUCCCACACUCCGGGCGCUGCUCAACGAUCUGAACAGCAACUUCGAGCUGGGCAACGAUCAUCUGCUGCCUCCAUCGACACCAUCAUCGCAUCAACAGUUGCGCAUGCGACGCCAACAGGAUGGACACUCGGAUGCCAUCGAUGGCGUCCAUCUGCAAAAGAAUCCAGCCACAGUGGCUGAGCUCAACACACAGCAACAACAGCCAUCGACUACUUUGAUGGGUUAUCGCUUGCCAGCCUUGGUGCAAAAUGGUUUAACUGCCGUCUUCUAUGUGUGCUGCACUUUGGCAGUUCUCUCAUUCGUCGGACGUCUGCGUAAUCCAGAGUGGCAAAUGCUUGGGGAUGACAAGCAAUUGACACAGUUGGAGCAACGUUUGGUCGAGCUAGAAUUGCAGAAUAAUCUAAUGCGUGCAGAGAUUGAUAUCAUGUCGAAGCAGCUGAAUUAUCUCAGCGGUCAGACGCAGCAGUCAUCGUCAUCAUCAACCGGAUCAUCAUAUCAAGGACGCAAACUAAAGACAUUUAAAGCGUGGCCCGGCAAUGGGAAUUCAGCCGAUCCCGUGGACAUCACCAAACAAGAUUUAAAGCGUCCCUACAAGUGUCCCGAUGGCAAAUUCGUUGAGAUCGCUGGCAUGUGUGUGGAGAGCAAACCGCAUACCGAAUCUCUCACCGAUGAGAUUGGUAAUGUGGUCAACGAUGUGCUGCAGCAAUCGCAAGCUUUUCAGCACUUUGAAAAGCUCACCGAAAAGCUAGGCACACUCGCUGGCGCUGGCGACAACAACGACGAACAGACGCAGCCCAGCGAGUCGGCAACUCCGCAAGCUUUCCACGCACAUGGCGAGCAGCCGAAUGUUUAUAAUCCGAAUCGCGGCAAGCAGCAGCGUUAUCAGGGCAAACAGCCGCAAGGCGAGAAGUGCAAGGAGCAUCACUCGAACGAACAGCAGCAACGCUACGAGUCCAAGCAUCGAGCUACUCGCUCGAAAAGCAACGAGCACGACUCGGACGAGAAUUCCAAAGAGCGCAAUCACAAUUCGAAGGAACACAAUCGCUACAAAAGCAACGAAGACGAAGAUUCAAAUGAGCACUCAAAGGAACACAACACUCGCUACAAAAGCAACGAGAAGGAUUCAAAUGAACGCACUCGCUACAGGAGCAACGAGCACGAUUCAAAAGAGCGUCAUCAUAAAAAAUAUGCAGACAAGUCCAAAGAGCGUUACGCCAAAAAGCAGCAGCAGCACGAUGAUAGCGGCGAGUGGCAUGAACGAAUGAUGCAACAACGAGAGCACGCUCGUCAGCGUCAAGAGCAGAAGCGCAACAACAACUGGUAUAUUGAGCGAGGCGGCAGCCGCGAGCAACGUCGUUCCGACGAGAAUCGUCGUUAAGCAACGAGUAGCGAGAAAACAGUAACGAGUAGCAAAAGCUAGGAGUAGACAGGGUUGCAGUUUUUGACUAGAAACUAUAGACGCAUAAAAACCUACAAACAAAAAAAUAGAAAGAAAACCCAACAAAAAAACAAAA